AUGAAUCGUCCACAACCAAAUCUUCCUCAUUUAUCGAAUUCAGCUGUCGGAACUUCUCCGUUGUUAGCUCCAAUAAAUGCUCAAAUUCAAAUGACAAAUUCAUCGUUUAUCAAAGCUGAAAUAGAACGAUUCGAAGGUGUUCAUCCAUCAAUAUAUGCAAUCUACGAAUUAAUAGAUGAUGUUAAAGACACAGCUGUGCAAAGUCAAGUUAGAGAUCAUGUCAUGAUUAUUGAAGAUUCAUUCGUUAACAGUCAAGAAUGGACAUUGAGUCGUAGUGUCUUAGACAUUCGCCUUGGUCUAUUAGGUACUGUAUCAAGUGGAAAAUCGGCUCUUGUACAUCGAUUUCUUACUGGAACAUAUAUGCAAGAAGAAUCACCAGAAGGUGGAAGAUUUAAAAAAGAAAUUGUUAUUGAUAAUCAUAGUUUUUUGUUGUUAAUUCGAGAUGAAGGCUCUGCACCCGAUAUACAGGUGAAUAAAUUCACUCAUUGGGUGGAUGCCGUUAUCUUUGUAUUUAGUUUAGAAAAUGAAGAUAGUUUCAAGACAAUUUAUCAAUAUUAUACAAAAAUGAAUCAUUAUAGAAAUACAGCGGAUAUACCAUUUAUUUUAGUUGGUACACAAGAUGCCAUAAGUGAAAGUAAUCCAAGAUGUAUACAUGAAGAACGAGCACGAAAAUUAGCAAAUGAAUUAAAACGAUGUUCUUACUAUGAAACAUGUGCUACAUACGGGCUUAAUGUUGAAAGAGUUUUUAAUGAUGCUUGUCAAAAAAUAAUUCAACAACGUUAUAGUUCAGCGAUACCUCCGUCAAUUACCUCUAAUCGCUCAUUAACCCCUCAAACAUCAUUUUUAAAUUCGUCAAGUGGAUCAACGAAUAGUAAUACAACAACAACAUCAUCGACUAGUUAUCUAUCAAAUUCUUAUCCUACUCCUUUUCAUCAACAACAACAACAACAACAACAACAACAGCAGCAGCAAUCUCAAGCACAAUCGCAGCGUUUAAUAACAAAUAGUCAAAGUGUGCCAACAUCUUAUAUUGUCGGCAAUAGUCUUGCUCAAACAGCACCAGCAUCCGUCUUCUCAUCUUAUCAUUACCAACAACAACAAGGACAAGAAAUUCCAUCAGGAGUCGGAGCACAACCAAAUAUGGCUGUGGCACAACUAGCACAAUGUAUUAACAACACUAUUGGACCAUCAAAUGGUCUUAAAGAUCGUUCAACACUAUUACCGACUACCGCACUUCAACUCGAUAAACGAAGUCGAUCGUUUAAAGAACCAGCAAAGUUAAGUGCAUUAAGUGAACAACAUUCGUUACAAGCUCAGCCUCAACAACAAACCGGAUCAAUCAAUGAAUCAUUGACCCCAACAUCAACACCUACACAAAAACGAAAAGAAACAAAACGAAAAUCAAAUUUAUUCACUCCUGGAAAAAAAGAUGAUGAUAAAAAUAAAGCCGAUCGAGUAGGACACGGACGAGCAAUUCCCAUCAAACAGGGUCUUUUAUAUAAAAAAGGCACGAACAGUAUUAAUCGAGAAUGGAAAAAGAAAUAUGUUGUAUUAUUGGAUGAUGGACGACUCAUUUAUCAUCCAUCAUUAAAUGAUUAUGAACAUGAUGUACAUGGUAAAGAGAUUAUUUUACAACGAACAACAAUAAAAAUUCCUGGUACAAAUAAAUCUCGUGUUGCUUUGCGAAGUACAAGUAAUGAUACAAAAUUAAAUGAUUUAUCCGAUGCUGUAGUCAUUUCGAAUUCGAACGUUACUCCUGGUUUAAAUGGUGUUGAUAAUGUUGUUUCUUCUCCGAUAGGUGCUAAAAUUGAGACACCCAAUGCUAAAAAACGUUAUCGUCGAAUGUUAAAAGUUACUCAUAGUAAUUCAAAACAACAAGGGCAAGAAUCAUCAGCAUCAAGUAUGAUAAGUAAUUUAACGAAUACGCCAAAUAUUAAUGGUGUACAAUCGAAAACACCAUUGGAAGAUGAUGGUGAAGAAAAUGAAUUUAUUCUAAUAAGUAUUGAUAAACAAUGGCAUUUUGAAGCUAAUACACAAGAAGAACGAGAUGAAUGGGUACAAGCGAUUGAACAACAAAUUUUAUUUUCACUACAAAAUAUUGAAAGUUCAAAAGCUCAACGUGCAGCCAAAAAUGGUGGUGGUCAAUCACAAUUGGCUGAUCAAGGAAUGAUACAAACGAUUAAACAAAUGCCAGGAAAUUCACAUUGUGCUGAUUGUGAUCAAACAAAUCCAAAUUGGGCUAGUUUAAAUUUAGGUGCAUUAAUUUGUAUGGAUUGUGCAUCGUUACAUCGAAAUUUGGGUACUCAUCUAUCACGUGUAAGAUCGUUAGAAUUAGAUGAAUGGCCGUAA